UCUUUGGGACGCCAUUUAAAAAAGAGCAAUCAUGAACUUGUUUAAUAAAACAUAACAUUUGAAAUGGAUAAAAAUCGAAGGAAAGGUGAAAGUAGGAACAGCUUGCUUUCUUCUCUCUUUGGAAGAUAACACCAAUGAAGGAAAGAAAACUUGUUCGGCUUUCUUAAAAAGAUGGUCCAGCUAUGUUCAGUCAACCACAUCAGAUUCAGAGGACAAUAUGCCAAGUAGUGAUGAUUCCUUCACUGAGUCUUUAACUGAUGUGCCAGAGCUUUCUUUGGAUGAUGGAGUUGAGACGUUGAUAAAGGCACAGGAUUCUUCUACGAAAGACACUUAUGAGAAUGAAGCACAAAAGAUGUUUUUGGGAAUAUUUGAUGUCCAUAUUGAAAAUCUCAUCCCACCUUCGCCAAAAAGAGCAUCAAGACUGCUGGACCUUGAACACGUGAAGUUUUUAAUGGACUCUUUUCAAAGUGGAGUUUUUCAACAACUUACAAUACUGGUGGGAAUGGUCCCUGACGAUUGUGACCCGUCGAAAUUAAAGAUGAAAGGUGCCGGACAGGUUGAGACCCUUGGAGGGAAUCACACAAGGGAAGCCCUUCAGGGUCUUCUAAGGCGUGGUCUCGCAACUAUAACCACAGUCAAAAUGAAUAUUUAUUCAGCCCUGUCAACAUGCACAGCCUUGACGGUGGGUUGGCAGCACAAUGUUUGCUUGCAGGAGAAGCAAAAGCCUCUAAGCUUCAUUGACAAGGUGAGGCUUAUGAGACAAGUUCGCCCAUCAAUGCACAUGUCACCAACGGAUAUGAAGGCUUGGAAAGAAACUCUGUCUUCCAUCUUUCAUGUGAAGGACAUCAGAAGAUUCCAGAAUUCGUAUGGACUGCAUAUUAAGAUGGCUCGGCUUGAACAGAGAGUUUGGGCCAUUGUGGAGGAAGUUUCGGGUGAUUCAGUGAAGAUCACUGAAAAAUUCUUCAGACCACUCUUGAAAAUUCAAUCAACCGAGGAUAUUGAGUCGUGUCUGAACAUUCUGCGAAGCAAAGGAUUAGCUGAAUAUAACAACAAAAUAAAGGAAUUUUUGGGAUCCAGACCACUUACAAAAAAAAGAAAGCAAACUGACCUGGAAGAUGAUGCCAAUGAGGAAUGUUCAAACACUUCUGAGGGACUCCUUGAGAAGUACAGCAAGGUAGUUGAUGAGCUUCAAAUGAUGAAGGACAAAUGUUCCAAACUGGAAACGGAAAACUCAGAAUUGAGGCGUCAACUGACAGAGCAUUGCUCGAAGUCCAAGGAAAAUUCAUCAAAGGACAAAGAAAUUGAAGCAUUCUGGAGAUUUGAAGACGGACGAGAGGAAUGGUUGCCGGCCAAAUUGAUCCGAAAAUAUGCUAACGGAGAGUGUUCAGUCCAGUACUCUGAUGGAGUUAGUAGAGUGAGGUCCUCAUGGGUGAGAGAGGUGGGACAGAUGUAAGGUCAUCCUAUUGCCACAUCUAGAAGCUAUACCUAUUUUCUCAAGACUAAAAAUGUCGUGAACUUAAAAUAAAUGUUGUUAUCAAUAUAUGCAACCAGAGUACAUAUUAAGGCACUUCAUGUUAUUUUUCUGAAUGAUUGAAGUCAGGUUUCUCAUACUAAGACAUUUCCCUGUCAAGUUAUGGAAUUAACUUAAAUUUUAUGGUGUGAAAUUUCUGUUUUAUAAAAAAAUGCAUAGAUAAUUUUAAUCAAAUUGUGAGACUGAUAGCUUCAUUUUUUUUUAUCAAAUCAUGCAAAUGAUUGCCCUUUUUAUACGCCCGUAUAAAAUACGGGACGUAUUAUGUGAAACCCCUUGGCGGCGGGCGGCGGGCGGCGGGCGGAAGGCAUCACUUUGUCCGGACUCUAAUUCAAAUUGUAUUCAUCCGAUCUUCACCAAACUUGGUCAGCAGUUGCAUCUAGUUGAUAUCUAGGCCAAGUUCGAAUAUGGGUCAUGCCGGGUCAAAAACUAGGUCAUAGGGUCAAUAAGUGCAUUUUCAAAGGGGCCACUUUGUCCGGACUCUAUUUCAAAUUGUAUUCAUCCGAUCUUCACCAAACUUGGUCAGCAGUUGCAUCUAGUUGAUAUAUAGGCCAAGUUCGAAUAUGGGUCAUGCCGGGUCAAAAACUAGGUCAUAGGGUCAAUUAGUGCAUUUUCAACGGCGCCACUUUGUCCGGACUCUAAUUCAAAUUGUAUUCAUCCGAUCUUCACCAAACUUGGUCAGUAGUUGCAUCUAGUUGAUAUCUAGGUCAAGUUCGAAUAUGGGUCAUGCCGGGUCAAAAACUAGGUCACAAGGUUACUUAGUGCAUUUCAAGCAUUUAGCAUGGUGUCCGCUCUCUAAUUGAAGUAGUUUGCAUCUGAUCAUCACCUAAUUUGGUCAGAAGUUGAGUCUAGAUGAUAUGUAGAUCAAAUUCGAAUAUGGGUCAUGCCGGGUCAAAAACGAGGUCACGAUCGGACACAUAAUGAAUUUCAAGCAUUUAGCAUGGUGCCCGCUCUCUAAUUGAAGUAGUUUUCAUUUGAUCUUCACCAAAUUUAGUCAGAUGUUACAUCUAAAUGAUAUCUAGGUCAAGUUCAAAUAUGGGUCAUGCCGGGUCAAUAACUAGGUCUCGAGGUCACUUAGUGCAUUUCAAGCAUUAAGCAUGGUGUCCAAAACCUCCGAACGGGCGUAUCUUGUGACAGUUUGGCACUCUUGUUUUGAAGUAAAAAAAAACAACAUGAAUUUUACAUCACACUGAUGAUCAUAUUUCAAGUGUAAGCAUUAUUCUACAUCUUUUUCUUCAGUUUAAUGUUGGAAUUGAAUAUUCCCUAAUCAACAAUUUGAUUCUCUUUACUGCACUUUUGUUUAUGUGCAUUAUCCAAAGAAUGUUUGAAUUCCAUUUUGAAAUGCUUGAUGAGAACUUGUCUUUUCACUUAGGUAUAUGCUUUUUUCAUUAUUGGUUUUGUUCAGUGGUGGUGGUCAUAUUCUUCUUAUGUCAUUUCGGUCAGUAGAAUAUGGGACUUGUAUAUAACAGUUUAUAUGUUAGAAUGGUUUAUGAGAUUAUUUUAAAUAAAACUAUUUUUGAAUUUCUUUCGCUAUAUAAACAAAAGUUAAUUAAAGAGAUUUCACGUUUCUUACUGUUGCAAUCAAUUUAAUAUCUUAAAAUAACCUGAGAUCUUUUGGGAAACUAGACAGAAAAUAAGUUCUAAUGGUGAACAAUUCGUAUUCAGUCAGCCUUUGUAAGCCAUUGUAACUGUGAAUGUGUUCAUGUGCAUUAUUCUAACAUUUUUUCGAUUUCGGUUUAGAAAUGCUUUGCAUGAACUUGUCUUCAUUUUAAUAUGCUGAAUUAAAAUUGAUUUUGUUAAUUUGUGAUUACCAAUGUUUUAUUUUGUAUGUCCUAUAUGAUGUUUGAGUAUUUCAGAGAAACAAUAAAGUUCUGCCCUUACAAUACAUACUAAAAUUGUGACAGAAUUGUUUAGUAAUGAAAAUACAAAUUGCAGCAAUUGCACCUGUUAAAGAACUUUGAAUGGUUAUACAUGUAAUAGCGGUAAAGAUUGUUUUAUUUAAAUAUUUAAUUUUUCAUAAUGACUUCACAUGUUAAAAAAAAAUGUUUAGCAUUUUUUAAUACUAGUAUAUUUUGAGAACUAAUUUAAGUGUGACAUAAAUAAUAUGGAAUCAUUCCCACUAUUUAAUAUAUAUUUUCUGACCUGCUGACUGGUGGAUUGAGUACAUAUUAGUAUACUGGUAUUGUUUUUUAUUUUGAAAAUUUCACUGAUUGAAAAUUUACACAACAUUUUGUGUGUUCUGUAUUUACUAUGCCCCCCUUCGAAGAAGAGGGGGUAUAUUGCUUUGCACAUGUCGGUCUGUCGGUCGGUUUGUCCAUCAGGUGGUUUCCAGAUGAUAACUCAAGAACGCUUGGGCCUAUGAUCAUGAAACUUCAUAGGUACAUUGAUCAUGACUCGCAGAUGACCCCCAUUGAUUUUGAGGUCACUAGAUCAAAGGUCAAGAUCACGGUGACCUGAAAUAGUAAAAUGGUUUCCGUAUGGUAACUCAAGAACGCUUAGGCCUAGGAUCAUGAAACUUGAUAUGUAGAUUGAUCAUAACUCGCAGAUGACCCCUAUUAAUAUGCAGGUCACUAGGUCAUAGGUCAAGGUCACAGUGACCCGAAAUAGUAAAAUGGUUUCCGGAUGAUAACUCAAGAACGCUUAUGCCUAGGAACAUUGAAACUUCGUAGGUAGAUUGAUAAUGGCUGGCAGAUGACCCCUAUUGAUUUUCAGGUCACUAGGUCAAAGGUCAAGGUCACGGUGACCCGAAAUAGGAAAAUGGUUUCCGUAUGAUAACUCAAGAACGCUUAUGCCUAGGAUCAUGAAACUUGAUAGGUAGAUUGAUCAUGACUCGCAGUUGACCCUUAUUGAUUUUCAGGUCACUAUAUCAAAGGUCAAGGUCACGGGGACCUGAAAUAGUAAAAUGGUUUCCGGAUGAUAACUCAAGAACGCUAAUGGCUACGAUCAUGAAACUUCAUAGGUACAUUGAUCAUGACUUGCAGAUGACCCCUAUUGAUUUUGAGGUCAAAGGUCAAGGUCAUGGUGACCCGAAAUAGUAAAAUGGUUUCCGGAUGAUAACUCAAGAAGGCUUAUGCCUAGGAUCAUGAAACUUCAUAGGUGCACUGAUCAUGACUCGCAGAUGACCCCGUUCGAUUUUGAGGUCACUUGGUCAAAGGUCAAGUUCACGGUGACCCGAAAUAGUAAAAUGUUUUUCGGAUGAUAACUGAAGAACGCUUAUUCCUAGGAACAUGAAACUUGAUAGGUAGAUUGAUCAUGACUUGCAGAUGACCCCUACUGAUUCUCAGGCCACUAGGUCAAAGGUCAAUUUCACGGUGACCCGAAAUAGUAAAAUGGUGUCCGGAUGAUAAAUCAAGAACGCUUAUGGCUAGGAUCAUGAAACUUCAUAAGUACAUUGAUCAUGACUUGCAAAUGACCCCUAUUGAUUUUCAGGUCACUAGGUCAAAGGUCAAGGUCACAGUUACAAAAAACAUAUUCACACAAUGGCUGUCACUACAACGGAGAGCCCAUAUGGGGGGCAUGCAUGUUUUACAAACAGCCCUUGUUAUGACUUGUUUUAUAAUUUGCUAAUAAUUUAAGAACUUAUACAUUUAAAAGUGGUUUACCUUCCUUUUUUUCAGUGUGAUUUUUUCUGUGUGAUUAUGCAUUUCUGGAAGUUUGUACCGCCGGCGUAACAUUUUUAAACAAUUAUCUGUCAUUGUGUUUAUGAUCCUCUGAGAGUUUGUACCGCCAGCGUAACAUUUUCAAAGAAUUAUCUGUUGUGAUUAUGAACCUUUGGGAGGUUGUACCGCCAGCGUAACAUUUUCAGUUAAAUUUUAAGGGUUAUAUCAUUUUGUGUGUUCUGUAUUUACAUUACUUGUAUAAUUUACUAUUAAAUUAAGAACUUAAACAUUUAAAAGUGGUUUGUGCGAUUUUUACUAUUGGUACCUUAGGGAGUUUUGUACCGCCGGCGUAACAUUUUCAAGAAUUAUCUGUUGUUAUUAUGAUCCUCUGAGAGUUUGUACCGCCAGCGUAACAUUUUCAAAGAAUUAUCUGUUGUGAUUAUGAACCUAAGAACUUAAACAUUUAAAAGUGGUUUAUCUUCCUUUUUUUCAGUGUGAUUUUUUCUGUGUGAUUAUGCAUUUUUGGAAGUUUGUACCGCCGGCGUAACAUUUUUAAACAAUUAUCUGUCAUUGUGUACUUUUUGAGAGUUUGUACCGCCAGCGUAACAUUUUCAAAGAAUUAUCUGUUGUGAUUAUGAACAUUUAUGAGGUUGUACCGCCAGCGUAACAUUUUCAGUUACAUUUUAAGGGUUAUAUCAUUGUGUGUGUUCUGUACUUACAUUACUUGUAUAAUUUACUAUUAAAUUAAGAACUUAAACAUUUAAAA